UUGGUUUGUCACAUGUUACCACGUGAUGGUUUCACCUGCCAAUGGCGUUGAGUCUUUCUACGAGCUUUGAUCUUCCAAGCCGUAAAGAGCUGCAAAACCUCACAGCUGCUCUGGAUAGAUGGGAGGCUGCUCGGAGCAUCUUGGCACGCAACCCGGAAAGCACUCUUCAUUGGCAGAAUUCUCUGAACAAUAUUGACCCUCCGUAUUGGAGAGAUUUCCUGCACAGUACCGAUGAUUUGAAGGCAAGUCUGAGCAAGGCAUUGCAGCCUGAACACCCACCCGACCUGCAGCGGUCGGUGUUCAUAGUGGCUGACCGUUUGAUAGGGCGAAGCCGCUUUGCAGGCAGUCGAGAGUGGUAUGUCAGCAACAACAAGUACAUCAUCAACGAGCGAGAGUUUGCGGCGCUGCAGAAGCUUCUGGUGUGCACGCUUCGCCCCGCAAGCUUCCCUUGCCUCACUCGGGUGGAUGAGGACCGAGCGGUGCAGUUCUCCUCUCCGGCAUGCAGCUUCCCUUUGUACAUUUCGGCCACCGUAGCGGAGCACAACCGCUUUAGAACGAGUAGAGAACGCAUGCUAUACCCGUGCGAUUUUCUGGCAUACCCACUGCCAGACCAGACAUUCUACCAGAAGCAUCGGGUGAUUGUUCCAUGGGUUCUGCCAAAUGGUGUGAUCGAAGUGUGCCAAGGACUUCACUUGUGCGUGACAGUGGAAAGUCCUGGCGCCAGGGCCGCUUCGCACCCUUUCGGUCGACCCGUCAAUCCCCGCAGCCUGCUGAGCAAGCGGUUUCCGGCCUUCACUGAAGAAGAUUUAAUGCGAUACACCCAGAAGACAGAGCGUUUUGAGCAGGUGGCCUUCAUUGGAAAGAAUAUGGGUUGCCUUGACAGCCAGAAGCCCUAUUCAGAGUCAGCAAACGUAGUCAUGGUGCACGACCCGGAGGCGAUCGAGCAGAUUCUACAAGUGUCAGAUGACCUAGGCUUGGGCCUGCGCACUGAUGCGAUGCAUCUGGGUCGGAGUGUUGCUUUUCCAUUUUCUUUUCCCCCUGCGUUGUGCGAUGAAGAGUGGCUCCUUCAGCAGACGCUGCUGCAGAUAGGCAGUGUCUUCGCCACGGACUCAGCAGCGCAAGACUUUGCUGUGGCAACACUGCAUCAGCAUGGGCUAUCCCCUGAGUUUCUUCCGGAUGUAAGUGAGAAGGACUUUUCACGUUGCCUUCAGUUUGAGAGUGAAGAAGAUGAAGUGCUGAGUAGGGCGCGGGAGCUACUGGGAAAAGCCAUGGAGCAUCUGCGGCGCAUUGAAGUCAUGAAGCGUUGGAUUUCAGAAGAACUUCUAGGCAAGGAGCUUCUCGAGAGAUUGUGGCAAGAAUUGAAGCUGAAAAAGGAAUGGGCAGAAGUAGAAGAUCGUUGGAACCAGUGUGCCCCUACACGCAAGUCCAAGAACAAGAAAGCUCGGCAGAAGGACAAGCAGGAGCGCGCAGAAGUCAUUGACCCACAGAGUGUGUACGAGCAGUUGCAGCAAGCAGUGGCAGACAUGAACAAGAAGAUUUGGAAGAACCGCACAUAUCACAAAUACUUCUGCUUGCUGCAGCGUCGCGGGGUGCUCGACUAUUUUGACAGAUGCUUGUGUGAUGGGGCCCGCGCAGUCCUUCAUGGACCUGGCCUUCGCUCCGUGUCCUUCUCGCCCCCGCAUGGGGGAAGCAAGCCGGAUGGGCGACCGCCCAAGAUCGGGCUUUAGAGGCUGGAGGAAACA